UGCGUAUCUGGCUAUAUUGCUCGCUGUGGGCGUACUCUGAUUUGUGCGUUAAGCGAUGUGGAGACACUUUCUCGACGAGUUGCGCAACUCGAGGCUGCGCUAGCAGGAAAUGAUAUAGCAAACCCGCAGAAAGGGGAUUCCCAAGCGCCGCCGGAGAGUCCACCAGCUCGCAAACCUCCUGGGCAUGUGCACCCGAUUCCUAGGGUACCGGGCUUAUUGGGACCGAACUGGUAUUUCAAUGGCAUACCUUUAUCAUCUAAACAAGGCUGUCACUGGAUAUCGACGAAGACCGGCCAAGAUAUUUCACUAUUUGAUCUCUGUAUCCCGAGGGUCAAUGACUGUCCUUUGUGGAGUGUGCAGUCUGCAUUAUCGCAUAUUAAUCUUGAUCAACUGCCCGAAAGGCUGAGAGUGCAAGAGAUCUUGAACGAGUUCAUCGACUCUUGCUCUAUGCUUGGGAUUCCUAUCCUAAAUAGAGAAACACUCGCAAGAACCAUGGAUGUCGCUUAUAAGCCAACAGACUGGACAAGCCCCUCGUCCGAACAGAUUCUAGCCACGGCCUGUCUCUUAAGCGCUCUUUCGAUGGCAUCGCGAUUGGCAAACUCGAGACAAUCUUUCAUGGAAGUAGAUAACUUAGAAUCAAGGGCACUCCAUUAUCUAGUUUCUCUCGGUAAUGACGCCAGUUUAGAUACUCUCCAAACUGCCCUCCUGUUGAGCCUCCAGCAUGUAUUUUGCGCCGAUUGGGAAGGUGCUUCACAUGUGAAUUCGAUUGCAUGUCGUAUAGUCUGCUCACUUCAAGGACAUGUGGUAAGACCGCAACAGCUCGCGCCGGACUCCAUUCAAGAAAGACUACAAAUCCGAAAUCUCUUCUGGGUUUGUUACGCACUCGAUAAAGAAAUUUCACUACGGACCGGCUCUCCGCCCCUCCUGGUAGAUGUCUAUUGCGACCUCUCCCCUCCACGUGCCACUAACGACACUACAAGCGAAAUGCCUGGAGAAUGCGAAGGCUCCUUGUAUCAAUUCCUUCCUCGCUUUCUCGGCGAUAUUCAUCUGAGCAAAUUGAAGGAAAGAAUCUUCAAGCUUUUGUUCUCCGCCCAGGCUUUGAACGAGCAUGAUGGCCAAAUUCUUACCAAUAUCCGUCAAUUAGAUGAAGAAGCUGAAAUAUGGAGAGCAUCAAUCCCAGAGCCUCUACGCCCUGCGCUUUUUGUAUUACCGGAUACCAACUCAAGAGCUGCCAAUCAAGUGUCCCCGACAAUGCUUCACCGCAUAUCGCUUCAGCUGCAACACCAGCAUCUAAUGAUCAUUAUCCAUACCAUGGUGAGAAGAUGCACCCUGGAUGCCAGCGACGGGAUCCGGGGUCUCCACGACGUAGCUCAUUCGAGCUUCGACAUAUCGCUGGAAGCAGGUCGCUCUACCCUAUGGUGCUUGCGAUAUCUGAUUCACAGAUUCAUCGCCCUUUAUUGUACACCUGCUGCCUUUGCGAUCUUUCUCGAUAUACUUAUCCACCCGUUCAGCGCACAUGCUUCGCGUGAUUUGGAACUUCUAAUAUCGACGGCCAAUGCUGUUCAGAAUAUGCCUGUCGAUGCGCUAACGACUAACGAAAAAGCACAGAUCCACGCAACGGGAACCUUAUUGAUGAGGUUCGUCUGGCUUGGGACAUGUGCAAUCAUGAAAGAGAAGGGAGCACCGUCAUAA